GCCUCGAACAGAGUCGAGAAGAUAUUGUUGUCAGUCACCGGCAAGUGAGGGCAACUGACGGAUGUAUCGCGAGUUGAGUCGCUCUAAAAAACUCAAAAAGUGCUGUUGCAAGUGUGUUGUGAAUUUUCAUUUUAGUGAUUUUUUUGAACAGAAUCGAUAAAACCGUGCAAUCGUCGGAACGUUGUUGAUUACUACCCUGCAUCCGAUAAGCAUCAAGCAAUUUAAAAAACGCAACAUGAAUUACAUUUAAAUAUAGAAAAGUGUCUUUCAACGAUGUGAAAUCCGAGUGACUUUGAAUUACUAAAAAUGUGCAAAUUUAACAUUUAGUUGGGAUGGUGAGAUUUAGUCUGAGAAGCGUCUUGGGCGUCGCGGUGCUGCUCGUAGUUGGUUUUUCAGAAACACAAAGCCAGUUUAGUUACGUCUGCCCCAGAAAAUUUGUGGCGAUCGGAAGAAAAUGUUAUUACUUCAGCAAGGACGAAACUAUUUGGCACGACGCCCACUUUAAAUGUAGAAACCUCAACAGUAGUUUGGCCACAAUUAAGGGACCCCAGCAAGAACUGAGCGUGAGAAGAUAUCUAAACCGACGAAAUGACGGGAGGUUUGAGAGGUGGUUGGGAGGACGCUACAAUGAGAAACAGUCCAGGUGGGUUUGGGGUGAAAAUGGAAAACCUCUGGUUUUCCACGGAUUUUCUAGGAUGAAUGCUAAUGACAGGAAGUGGGCAUGGCAUUGCAUUAUUGUGGAUCCCACUCGACAAAACAAAUGGUCGGCAAGGAGUUGUGUUGAGAGGAAGCGCUACAUCUGCCAAAGGGCCGUUAUAGGUAAAAGGAAUAUUAUCAGGAGGCAGUGUACUUCAGCGGCGAAUAACACCAGCAGCCAGGGUUGUUUGACGCCUAAAGUUGGAUCCUCAGCUCCUGCAUUUUUAAUCAGAAAACCUCAAAAGCCAACUAAACCGUACCAUGUAACCACAUUCGUCUGUCCAUCUCACAUGAUCCUGGUGGGCCGAAAGUGCUACUUCUUCAGCAUGGACAAAGCCAGCUGGAGCAACGCUUACUGGGCUUGCAGAGACAACAAAACCAAACUCGCAGUCAUCACAACCAAAAUGCAGGACAAUAUUUUGAGAGGAUUUCUCAAAUGGAACUUUACUGCAGGAAACCACGAACGCUGGCUUGGUGGAAUUUUUGAUUGGAAGCAGCAAAAAUGGAAGUGGGCGAUGAGUGGAAAAGCGAUCAGAUACAAAAAUUUUGCCAAAGAAGCUCUAGUGGGACAGAAAAAUAACACUCACCAUUGUAUCACAAUCGACCCUUAUUAUAACAACUUAUGGAACUCGAAAAAUAGGCUGGAAGAGAAACACUACAUUUGUCAAGCUAAAUCGAAAAGUGUGGUAAAAUAUGAUAAAUUGUGGGACCAUAAUGCUUCAGUUGUCAUCCAACCUGAGGGCCAGGAGGAAUUUAUUAGUAAAAAAUCUAAACAAAAUUUUGCUGCCACAUCUAGUUCGCCACUAGAUUUUAAUAAUGAAGUCACGGAUAAGUACGUUUAUAAUUAAAUAUACCUAUACAAUUUUAGUGCCUAGAACAUCAUUCUUGAAUCUCCCACAUAUUCAAUCAACAGACAAAAUGUAAAUAGUAUUUUUCAAUAUUUAAUAAGUUAGUAAUACAUAUUUGUAGCUUUAUUUUACAGCAUUUACACAAAUCUACAACUUUUUACAUUAAAAAAAAUAUAUAGACUGAAUUAAAAGUAACGCACAACAUUCAAAUCUUUGUCAUAGGACACUUUUCAAAAAAAUCAUCGAACAGGUCGAUUCAAUUUUUUUAAAUACUACUACAUUUUGACAUCUAGUAACAUAUAUGACGUCGUUAUUCGUUUUUGAGUUGUGACGUCAUUUUUAUUCACUGUGUCAGAUAUCGUUAUCUUCCUGGUAAUAGGAAAAAAAACUAAAAAAAGAAAUAAAACGUAAUAAUUCAAUAAAAUAAAAGAUAUUGAUAGAUAAUUAACCAUAAAGGGCUUUAUAUUUGUGUUCUUGAUUUAUUUACAAACGGUAUUUAAUUUUUAUUAUUUUUUUGAAUACUUACUAAUUAGAAUGAGAAUACUUAAUAGGAGACCUAAACACAAAAAAAAUAAACAAAAAGCAAUUACUCUUUAUAAAAUAAAGCAAGAAUAAAAAGAUACACCUCUUUAAAUAAUAUGCUUUCCAUAACUUUAAGGUUCAAUUUUUUUUAUUUUAUUCUAUUUUUGAAUUUUUUUGCUUUAGUUUUUGAAUUGUCUCACACUUGCCGCAAAGAUAAAAUGUGUACCAUCUAAUGCGGAAUGUCAAAUGUUAUUUAUGAAAACAGAGGAAAGUAAAUUAUAAGUUAAAACGGUUUAAAUAUCAAAACAUGUUUCGAGAACAACUGUUUUUAUCCUCAGCCUAAAAUUUUUACAUUCUGGGGAAGUUAACUUUUAUGGGUUGAUUUUGCUUAGUUUUUGAAAUAUUUUAAUUUUUCCAACAAAAACACCUCCUUUUUUAAAAUUUUUAAUCAAAAACUAUAAGGUUUCUAAAAAAGUGGGACUUUUACCACUUUAAAGAAGAAUGUUGAAACCUUAAAGAGAUAUUUUUUAGCUCACUGCAAUAAGGAAAAUAAAAAAAAAUUAAGAGGUUUGUUAAAAGUUGAAUAAUUUAAAAUUUUUAAAUGGAACACUCUAUUUUUUAUUUGCAUCUAAAAGACCCUUAAAUUGUCAAUCUAAAAACAAUAACAAUUAAGUGUCUAUUGCUAACUAGUAAUUACUCAAAAGAUAUUUAACUUUAACUAACGUUUCAGUAGUCAAAAAUUGAAAUUUUAAGAUAAUAAUAACUUUAAUGUUACCCCUAGGCCAUUAUUUGUCAUAUUUUACAAUGAAAUAAUUAAUAAUAAUUUUGGCGAAUUUUUAAAUCUCUAUGUUAGCUGUUUCAAAACUAUAAAAACGCCAACAUCGCAUUUUACCGAAUUAUUUUUUGAAAUAAAGUUGAUAAAAAUGUAAAAUAGUUAUAAAUGAUUAGAUCUCUCAUUGGAACAAUAAAUUAUGUUAGCUAUUUUGAGAGAAAAUGCGACGUUGGUAUUUUUAUAGUUUUGAAACAGCUAAUACAAACUCCAUCAAAAGAUUCGCGGUGGAGUUGCUGUGGUUUACCAGGUUCAUGAAUAAUCUGUAUUGUUGCUGAAAUUAAAUUUUAUAUUCAAUUAUCUUUUUAAUUAUUAACUUUAGGCAUUUGAAACUUUUUGAAAUAUUUUUGAAAAGACAAUUUAAUAAUCUUUGAGAAGCAAAAACAAAUAGGAUGUUAAUUUUUUCAAGUUAUUCAACUUUUAACAAACUUUACGUUCCUAAUCGCAAUGCGUUAAUCAAUUGGUACCGAUUUAUCUUUGAAGUGGUGAAAGUCUAACUUUUCUAGGAGUCUUAGUUUUUGCAGAACAAUUUUUUUAAAAAGAACGUUUUUGUUAGAAAAAUUGAAAUAUAAAACUUUAGGACAAAAUCAUUAGUCUUAAAAGCUACAUCAAAAAAUGCAAAAAAUAUAGGGUGUUCCAUUUAAAAAAACGUAAAAACGAAUGACGUCAUAAAUGCCACUAUGGUGUCAAAAUGUAGCGAUUAAAAAAAUAAAACCGAACUAUCCGAAGAUUUCUUUGUAAAAUUAAUAUUGAAAAAUAAUUAAAUAAAAAAUUACAAAUUUUAUGCGUUAUUUUUGGUUCAGUCUGUUUUGUAUAUUAUACUACUUAAAUUAGUGACUGCCAUUUAUUUAAACUUAUUUAUUUUCUUACUUCGUUGUAUGAGUUAAGCACAGAUUACCUUAUCAAGUGUCUGUUUUAUUUAAGGGGCAGUACAGUGAAUUUUUCAUUUCGAAUUGUAUUGUUCAACAAAUAUUGUAGGUUGUAUUUUGAAAUAUUUCUUAGCGCUAAUAUUAGAAAGUUUAAACUGACUUAGCAUGUUGUUCUGUACUGCCAGAAAAAAGACACUUUAUAUACACAUUUACAAUAUUUUGAUUAUUUUAUAAUACUAUAUAUAUUCUCUCGUAAUUACAUUUAUAAUGUGUUUUUGUAUACUGUUAUUCUUGCAUGAAAUAUAAAUUAUGUAAUGUAUAA